UCUACUUGGAGCACACCAUAACAAUCUUUUCCAAAUUGUGCCCCCAUCAGAAGAUGUAUCUGAAUGCCUCUAAGUGCUAGUAUGUAGCCACGUACCUAUUGUUAAGUGUCCUGAAGUCAUGGUGCCUCAGUUAUCUCUCAGUGGACCAAGAAUCAAGUGGUAUAUUCUGUCUUCAAUUGGUAUUAUAAUCCUGAGUCUGGUUGUGGACCAUUACCUGAACAAAUGGGCUACUCUCUGUGACCUCUUUGUUCAUGUCAUACUCAUCAGGGUCAUCACAAGGGCAUUGACAGACAACAUGGUCCAUGCUGCGGUGGCUGGCUGGAGUUGGUUGAACGUGUGGCUGCUGCAGACGAAAGAGGAAUGGAGUAGACGGAUAGUCUGCCAAAUACUCAUAUGCACGACCAUGGGAUCUCUGCUUGAUAUUGACCACUUUAUACAAACAGUAACACUAGAUAUACAGGAUGCCGUUCAUCUUUCUCAUCGACCGGUUCUGCACAACACAACACUGAUCCUCGCUGUAACGGUCCUCAUCUUUAUACUCGUCUGUGUCAUCUCACGUUACAGAACACGCCCACUGUUCUAUGAUGUCCCUGCUAUGUUCUUCAUUGCGUGUAUCUCUCAUCAACUCAGAGACUCCACUAGAAGAGGCUUGUGGCUGCCUCCCUGUGGGUCCCUGCCCCCACACAGGUUGUAUCUGCUGGUGCUGGGCCUACUACCAGUGGUCGUGGUGGCCUUGAGACGGCGGUUCAAACUGUUUGCACCACUAGAGACUGUCAGUAAACACAACGAUCAUCGAGAUCUGCUGUUUGCACCACUAGAGACUGUCAGUAAACACAACGAUCAUGUGCCAUCUGUCUAGGGUCAAUUUAUAUUUAGGUUAUUUAUUUCAAUUCAUCAAUAACAAGAGUAGAUAAUAGUACUCUUGUUAAUAACUAUAAUUCAUCAUUUAUCGUCAUCUAUAGAGACGUAAAAAUCAUUUAUGGUGCAAAUUAUAUAAUUAUGAUGAAAUAAUUAACAUGAUAAA